AUGCACUGCCUGGUGGCUCAUUCAGAAUCGGAGAACAGAUUCCCUGUUGCUUCCUGGAUGCUGCUGGAGAAAAUAUCUCCGUCAUUCAAUGACACAGCGAAUGCUAUUCCCACCCUCAAACUGCCUCUUUGCUUUGCGUUGUGUUCUACUCCGCUCUUACGCUCUUUUUUUUUUCUCCCCGACCUUCUGCAGGAAUUCUUGGAGAGCCCAAAAUACAGCACAGAUGAGGACCUCGCUGAAAAACUCGAACUAUUUAAAAAGAAAUACAUGGAAUUUGAUCUCAAUGCACAAGGUGAUAUAGAUAUCAUGGCUCUGAAGCGGAUGUUGGAAAAAAUGGGUGCGGCCAAGACCCACCUAGAACUGAAAAAAAUGAUCACGGAGAUCACAGGAGGGAUGAGAGAAACCAUCAAUUACCGUGACUUUGUCUCUAUGAUGCUGGGAAAGCGAUCGGCUAUCUUUAAAAUAAUUCUGAUGUACGAAAAAAUGAAAGAGAAGGAAGAGCUUCCAACUGGGCCUGCUCCAAAGAAAACAGUGGCAGAUCUUCCUUAACCAUCCCCAAGAACAGAAGAAAGAAGAAUCAUAUCGUCUCAGUCUCUCUCUCUCUCUCUCUCUCUCUCUCUCUCUCUCUCUCUCUCACACACACACACACACACACACACACACACAGUAUACAGGUAGCCCUCGACUUACAACAGUUCAUUUAGUUACAACGGCACUGAAAAAAAGGAUCUUAUGAUCGUUUUUCACACUUACGACCACUGCCGCAUCCUCAUGGUCAUGCAAUCAAAAUCCACACGCUUGGCCAUUGACUCGUACCUGUGACGGUUGCAGUGUCGCGUGAUCUCCUUUUGCGACCUCCUGACAAGCAAAGUCCGUGGGGAAGCCAGAUUCACUUAACAACCAUGUUAACUAGCUUAACAACUGCAGUGAUUCA